GAGUUGAAGUAAACCUCGAAGUAGCAGUAGCAGUAGUAGCAAACAGCAAACAUGGCGGCUCCACAAAUCGAAUUGCCUGCUCCGCUCCGUGUUUCUCCUUUUAUUAGGGCUUGUAGAUAUGGAGCUUUAGCUACUGGAGUGGUAUAUGGUGUUCUUAGAUAUAAAUAUUUAAAAAGGAAAGAAACAAAAAUCAGAGAAUAUGAGCACAAGCAGAAGCUAAUUUUAGAUGCACAAAAAGCAGAAGCAUCCAAAGCAGCUAAUCGAAAUGAAAUGAUUUAUUUGGCUAAGGAAUGUGGUGUUCCUGUUCCUAAGGACUUUUGAAAAUGUUAUUAGAAUUUAGUAAUGAUUCACAGAAUUUAGAAGACUUUUGUUUGUAUUGUUCGUAUUAAAACUUUACUUGUAAAAUGUAA